UACUCACAGUAGACAAGAACCCAGUAAGGCCGCAUCCAUUUUCGCGAUCCCCAAGGGUCGUGCCUUAGAUCGCGUAAGCCACAGCAGCCAGUGCGUGAGGCGGCACAGCAAUCGCAACGCACACGCCGAUGCCAGGCCCGGUAGUCUCGCCGCCAUGGAUGCACGCCUCGUGCGCCGCUGCCUCCCCGUCUCUCACGCCUCCAAGAGCCCCGUCCCCCCAGAUCCCCCAGUACCGCCGUGCAGCCAGCGCGCAUCCGCCUAUCCAGUCAAAUCUUGCCUUUUUUCCAAGCGGGUGCGAGAUUUCGGCGCCGGCGCGAGCGCGGGGCGGGAUCUCGCCAGUGCCAGUUCACGCCGCGUUGGCUCCGCGCUCCAGCCUGCUCGUUCCUCGUCCUAGCUUGCAUCGUCCUACCUCGCUCGCGCCUCGUCAAGUUCCUGCGUCGCAGGUUGUUUCUCGAAGCCAAAUCCAUUCUCUGGGUUCGACUCGUUCACCCGUCUCUCUCCGCUCAGAUCCCCUGGAUCUGCGACGGCAUGUCCUUUCGCCAACUCGCCUGCUUUUCGCACAAUCCACGACCGCAGUGCGCAUGAGGGCGCGUCCCGUUAUGCGCAGCAGCGCCAGUAGCGGGGAUACCGGUGGCAGCGUCACCUCCCUUGCAGAAACGCCUGCAGAGGAAACACCUUUAGCGAGCGCAGACUCUGUAACGGGGACAGAAGCCUUAGCGAGUGCAGAAGAAGCAAACGGGUCGAGUAGGUCGCAGAAUGGGUAUGCGCAGGCACGCACAGGGCAAAGCCAGACCUUCGAGGCAGAGCCCGAGGCUCAAAACAGGCAAAGCCCAAACCCUAGCAGGCAGAGAAGCCGAAACCCUAGCUCUGAUCGCUUUGAGAGAAGGCGGGAGCAGUCGGACACGCGGCAGGAUCUAAAUUCAGGGUUUAAGCGCGGCUGGGGUUUUAAAGAGGCAAAAACGCGGGGUACUGAAAUCCCCCGGGGGAAGGGUGGUUCGGACCGGUAUUCGCGUCAUUGGAGCUGGCGCGAGGUUGUAUCGGAGCGGGCGGCAUUGGAGGUGCAGAGGAAGAUUCUUUUGCCCAGGCAGAGGCGAGGGUUUCCAGGGGACAGGGUUUUGGAAAAUGUUGAGGCAAGAGGAAGAGCGGCAGGAGGAGGAGUAGGAGUAGGUGGAGAAGGAUCCAAAGGUUCCGCUGAUGCCUUUUCUGCUGCUGGUACUGGUGCUGGUGGUGCUGGGGCUGGGGCUGGGGCUGCUGGUGAUGGUGCUCGUGUUGCUGCUGCUGACAGGGAUUUCAAUGGAGAGGGUGGGGAGGUGAUUUCAGCAGAGAGGAGUGGGGAGGGGCAUCGUAUUGAGGAGAUAGUGGACGGGUGGCGGAGCAACCGAUACCACAUGAUGGAGCUGAUUCUGGAGCUCUGGCUGCAGCACGCCCCUGCUCUCUCCCUCAAGGCAUUUGACUGGAUGCGCCUGCAGCCAUGGUGCCGCCCACGCCUCGAUUCCUACAGCCUGGCGAUUCAGAUCGCCGCCCACUCCAGCAUGUGCGGACGAGCCGAGGCGCUGUUCGAGGAGAUGCAGGCGGACGGCAUGCGGCCGGACUCGUUUGUCUUCUCUGUGAUGGCGCGCGUGCUGGCGCAGCAGGGGCGGUGGGAGGAUGCGAUCGGAUUGGUGGAGAGGCGGGCGGCGGCCGACGACCCGGAGCUGAUGUCAUUGGUCAAGGUGCUGCUUCAUUACAUGUCCUACUCGCCUCAAGCCGCCGCCCUUACCGCAGCCCUCCUCUCCUCGCUCUCCUCCCUCCCCUCCUCUCCCUCCUCUCCCCCCUUCUCCCUGGACCAUGACUCCUACCGCCUCCUCCUCCGCUCCUUCCACUCCCAGGGGCACUUUGCCCUCAUCCCCGCCACUAUAACGAGUAUGAUUCAGGCUGGGUUCCCCCUCAGCCAAUGGGACGCUGCCAUGUGGCUCGAGGCGCUGGCUGCCCAGGGGGAUGUGGCGGGGGUUCGGGCAGCUGUGGAGGAGAUUUCGGCUCUCGGGCUGCCCAAGCCGGAAAGUUUCCGGGUGGCGCUGUCGCUGGGGUUUGCAAGAGGGGGGGACCUGGAUGGGGCUUGGGGCGUGUUUGAAGGUGGGGGGGAGAGUGAGGGAGCGAGUGAGGGAGAGGAGAGAAGCUUGACAAGAGAGGGUGGAGGAGGAGGAGUGGGGGAGAGCGAGAGCAAGAGAGCGGGCGUGGGAGCGAGGCGACCGGAUGUGAUUAAAAGGGGAGGUCGAGGGGCGUCCAAGAGUGGAGUGGAGGAGGUGACUAAGAGGGGCGUGGAGCCGAGCCUGUACCUGAUGCUGCUGCACGCGAUGCGUCCCUACACUGUGCUUCUCUCUGCCUUCCUCCAGGCUGGCGAUCUCUCGUCCUUCUCCCGCGUGUGGGCGGCGAUGAGGGCAGACGGCCGCUCGGUGGACAGCUAUGCGCUUCGUCUGCUAGCCAAGGGCUGCGCUUCUGAGGGCGGGCUUAGGGGGCUGGCAGUGGCGCUGUGGGGGGAGAGGGAGGGGCAGGGGAGGGAGGGGGAAGGGAGUGGGGGAGAGGGUGGGGAGAAGUGGGAUGGCGAGGUGGGUGCAGCGGGCAUUGUGGUUGGUAGUGGUGAUGGCAAAGGUCGUAGGGUAACCGCUGCAGAAGGUGCAACUCCUGCUGCAGAGGAAGUAGCAGCCGCAGCAGCAGCAGCAGCAGCAACAACAGCAGAAGAAGUGAAUCCAUUGCUUGAUGUGUCAACCGAGGAGGUAGCAGCCGCAGAGAGGGAAUACCCGGUGCUGGCAGCGGAGCUCAGGGGGAGUGAGAAGGCGCUUAGAGUGGUCGUUAGAUACCUCAUGAAGGAUGCUGACGUGGCUGACGCAGAUGAAGAGACUCUUGCUGACGUGGCAGGAAGCGGGGAGAAGGUAUGGGGUGACGUGGCAGUGCACGAGGAGCGUGAGAUCGCUGCAGGGGAUGACGACUCGUCAGCAGAACCGGAAGUAGAGAUUGAGACACGUGGUGACAUGGAGGCAAGCGUGCGGCAGUCGGUCGUGCGGCACUCGGGCGUGCGAGAAUUGAUUCUUGAGGACACUGCGGAAUCAGAGCGUGGUUGGGAGGGUCGGGGUGAGGGGGAGGUGGAGGGUGAGAUGGUGGCGCAUCGUACUGUGAUUGAAGGAGCGGAGGCGGUGGAGGAGGCAGGGGGGGGAGAGAAGGAGGGAGCGACUGCUGAGCAAGAGGGAGAGCGGGAGGAGCUGGGAGGGUCAAUGAUGGAGGCAGACGUGGCGGGAGGACAGCGAGGGGAGGCCGGAGAGAUGGGUGAAGAAGAUGGGCACAGAGAGGGAGGAGGAGAGAGAGAUAUGGAAGGGGUAGGAAUGCGAGGAGCAGUAGGAGAGGUGCUGGGUGUGGAAGCAUUAACAGAAUUGGCUGUUGAAUGGGAGGCCAAUUUAGCAGAGGAAUCUGCAGCGGUGGCAUUAGCGGUAGUGGAGGUACCAGCAGCAGCAGCAGCAGCAGCAGCAGCAGCAGCACCAGCACCCCCAGCACCAGCAGGACCAGCAGCACCAGCAGCACCAGCAGGACCAGCAGCACCAGCAGCAGCACCAGCAGCACCAGCAGCACCAGCAGCACCAGCAGCAGCACCAGCACCAGCACCAGCAGCAGCACCACCACCAGCACCAGCAGCAGCAACACCAGCACCAGCAGCAGCACCACCAGCACCAGCAGCAGCAGCACCACCAGCACCAGCACCACCAGCAGCACCAGCACUAGCAGCAGCAGCACCACCAGCACCACCAGCUCCACCAGCAGCUGCACCUCCAGCACCAGCAGCAGCGGCCGAGAUAGCAGAAGCUAAAAUUUCCAGAAGCGAAGGAGAGGUUGGCGGAGGGAAGAGAGAGGAGGGACAUGGCGCAUCAACCGUCGCGGCCACUCCGAGUGGCAGCACUGGUGGCAAUAGCAGCAGCACCAGUGGCAGCAGCACCGGUGGCAGCAGCACCGGUGGCAGCAGCACCAGUGGCAGGGUUGGCAGCAGUCAAAGCCUGGCAGAGCGUAGGCUGGCGCUGGCAUGGGCGGGCACUAGAGUCACACAGUUGGCGGAGGAGGGAGGAGAGAAUGGGAGGUCUCUUGGGGGGAAGGGUGGGGAGGGGGAUGGAGGAGGAAGCGUGAGAGAGAACGGUAGCAGCAGCCCCGCGCUCAGAAGGCCAAUUCUAGGUGGCAGAGUGGAGCCUGAUACAGUGCAGAGGAGUGCUGUUGAGACGGAUAAGACAAGAGGAGCUACAGUGGUGGAAGGUGCUGUGCGUUCAGCUACAGUGCGGGGUGCUGUAGCAGAGACAGGUAUAUCAGAGGAGGGUUUGGGCGGCAAACUGGAGAGACGUGGAUCACAGGGUGAUGACAGGAAGGGGCCUGGAUCAGAAGAGGCAGCUGUAGCAGAGGCAGCUGUAGCAGAGGCAGCUGUAGCAGAGGCAGCUGUAGCAGAGGCAGCUGUAGCAGAGGCAACUGUAUCAGGAGCAGCUGCAGCAGAGGCUACUGUAGCAGAGGGUGCACUGGAGGAGGUUGCAGCAGAGGAGAUGGUAGCAGCAAUGGGUGGAGGGGUGGCAGAGUUAGAGCAUGGCGCUUCAGCGAAUCCGGCUGUAGCAGUGGCUGUAGCAACUGAGGCGGCACCAGAGGAGGUUGGUCAGCAUCAAAGUACGAGUCAACAGCAAGAGGUGAUUGGCCAGCAGCAGCAAAACGCUCAGCAGCAGCAGCAGCACGCUCAGCAGCAGCAGCAGCAGCAGCAGGCAUUACCAGUACAGGCCAGUCUUGAGGAAAAAAGGGGCGGGGCGAAAGUGGUUGGGCCAGAGGGACUAGCAGGAGACAGGAGGAGCAGAGCAGGCGACAGGGUUGGUGACAAGAUAGGUGACUACGUGCAGAGCACGUACUGGGGGGUGGUGUGGGACCCAGAGAGUGGGGCAGAGGGAGGGGAAGGGAGAAUAGGGGGGAGAGGGAGAGGAGGGAUGGGUGGAGGAAGAGGAGGAGGAGGGGGAAAGGGAGGGAGAGAGAGGGAGGCGAGGGUAGGGGAGCGAGUGAGGGAGGCGUUGGAGGAGUUAGAGAGGGCGGAGGAGGGGGAGCUGCGGGCGCGGUGGAGGGAGCUGACGCGCGAGGCAAAGUCAGGUGCAGGGGAAUCGGAUCAGGGCGGGGUGCAUGCGGGCAGAGAGGGCGAGGAGGGUGGGGAGAGAGGCGUGGCGCAGAGGGGAGGGGGGCAGACAGGCGGGGCGCAGAGAAUGAGGCGAGGGGCGGUGCAGAGAGUGGCGGUGACUGGGGGGAUGAUGGAGGAGAGGCGGGCGCGGCUGAGGGGGGAUAGAGUCAGAGUGGAGCCGGGGGUAAGGCGUGGGGUGGGAGGGGAUGUGGGGGAGGAGGGGCGGGAAGAGGAGGAGGAGGGGCGGGAAGAGGAGGAGGAGGGGAGUGAGGGAGUGGAAGAGGAAGGGAGUGAGAGGGUGGUGGUGUGGAAGUGGGUGGACCCGAGAGAGGCUUGGCUGUUCGUUAAAGAGCGCAUGGCGGAUCCAUCCUCCCCCCCGCCUCCCCCGGGCGCGUGGGCGUGUGUUCUCUCUGCUCUGCGCGGGCCCGGGCAGUAUGGGCAGCUGAAAGAAGUGUACCAGAGGAUGGUAGAAGCCUUGAGCCGAGAGAAGAUCCAACGGCACAGACAGAAAGAGCAGCACGGGCAGAAAGAGCAGCACGGGCAGAAAGAGCAGCACGGGCAGAAAGAGCAGCACGGGCAGAAAGAGCAGCACGGGCAGAAAGAGCAGCCGGAGUUGCAGGCAGAGCAGGGCGUGAGUGGAUACAGUGGGUCCGGUCCUUUUCAAUCCCGGAGGGACGGCAGUGAGAGGCACAUAUCAGGGGCCAACAGCGGUGGCAGUAGCAACAGCCAUGAUAGCAGUGAGAGUGGUGCAGUGGUCAUGUGGGGGUAUGGGCGGCCGUUCAAUCUUGUGCUGAUGUCAGCAUGCCGGCAGGGAGCAGCUGAUGACGUGGCAGCUGUUUUCAGAGACAUGCUCGCGCAUGAGAUCACGCCAUCAUGGAAGUCACUGCACUUCGUGCUGAAGGGGGCAUGCGGACCUGGCCGGCCCUUCCCCUCGCCCGCCUCGCUGGUGGCCUUUGUUGCUGCCGCCACCUGUCACCAGCUGGAGGCAGAGGCACCUGCAUCUGAGCCCAUGACAGCUGUCGCUGUUACGUCUCCCGCACUUACAUCUGAUACGGUUACCUUGCAGCAGGCAGGUACACCUCAGCUGGUUACAUCUGGGCCGGUUACAUCUGACGAGGUUACGUCUGCGGCAGUUACAUCUGGCAGCACAGGCUUAUCCGAGCACGGCCAGCAGGUGUUGGAGAAUCUCGCAGUGCUGCUCAGCGGAGAGCCGUGGACCGUUGAUCGCCUGCGAUGGAGUGCCGAGAUCGCAGAGUGCGUUCAGAGGGCUCAAGACAGCCCCAUUCUCCCCUCGUCUGUGGCCAAGCGGUUCUUCUAUGCCGCUAGGAGCCUGAGGCUGGUUGGCAAGGGGGAGGAAAACAGCCUGGUGCACGUUGAUAGGGGCGGAGGUUCAGUGGCAGGGGAGGAGAAGGAUGGAGGGGAAGGGAGAGGAGUGGAGGUCCGAGUGGCUGGGAGUCGGUCGGUGCGGGGAGGAGGUGAGGAGAAAGAGGAGUUGGUUGAGUCUGGAGUUGAAGCGGCGGGACAGAGUGCUGGUCGCUUUGAACCAGUUCGGCCAGACGAACGAGGCGAGGAGGAGAAGUGGGAGGGAGGCUCGGUGCUGGACCUAGGCUCGGAGGAGGUUCUGGAGGAGCUAGCCAAUAGGAUGGAGGCACUGGUGCAGGCCAGUGCUGCUGCCCGGCAGGCGGCUUGGGAGGAAAGAUCUGCCCGGCGGGCAGCUGAACGGGCAGAGCGGGCAGCGAAACAGUUGGCUGGGGAGGCGGAGCGAGAGGGCGGAAGGCGUGAGGGUGCAACAGGAGGGUGUAUCUUCGAGCGUGGGGGCUCGGGUCAAAAUGCUGCAGCAGCGACUGGCACUGGGCAUCCUCCCAGACCCCAUCUCAUGCGAGAGACUUCUCAGAGCGCUCCGCGUCGCCUCAACCUCCCGCCCUGCUAGCGCUGCUGCCCCGGGCGCGAGCCCAGGCGCCUUUGCAGCUCUGCUCUCCCCGCCUUCGUCCUCCGCCCCCACCUCUCCACAACCCCCCGAGCUUCCUUCGGUCCCGUCAUACCCACCUGCUGAGACAGCUGCCCCUCUACCCACAGCAAGGGCUGUGUUGUGGGAGCUGGUGUGUGCUGGUGCUGCCCCAACUGCCGCUGCCUACAAUGAGGCGAUGUUGGACGCUG